GAAAAAGUGCUCUGGGUAUCAUCUCUUCAUCGUCUAUAUAAGCUCCUCUUCAAUUAUUCGUUUCUCACACUUGAGUCACUUAGGUUUUACACGAAGAGAACCAUAGAGAAAUUGCCAUGAUGAUUUUCCGGGUGUCCUUCAUUUUCAUGGCCGUUGUGAUUGCAGCUACCUAUGCAACAGUGGAGAGACAAACCUAUGUGGUUCAUAUGGACAGAAACAAGAUUUCAGCAUUGGAUCAUUCUCUUGGAGACACCAUGAGAUGGUAUGAAUCAGUGAUCAACUCGAUCAAUGAGCUCUCAGCUCAAGAAGAUGAGGAUAAAGACACAGCGAGACUUGAGCUCCUCUACGUCUACGAAACUGCCAUCUCUGGUUUCGCGGCAAAGCUCUCCAUCAAACAACUCCAAUCGCUAGAGAAUGUUGAUGGCUUUCUCUAUGCAACUCCCGAUGACAUGUUAAGUCUCCACACCACACAUUCACCUCAGUUUCUUGGCCUAAAAAAUGGGGAAGGACUUUGGAACGCUCCCAAUUUGGCCUCAGACGUGAUAAUAGGAAUUAUUGAUACCGGAAUCUGGCCUGAACACAUCAGCUUUAAUGCUGGCAUGUCUCUGGUGCCUUCUCGUUGGAAAGGCAUUUGUGAGAACGGCACAAAAUUCUCAGCAGCAAACUGCAAUAAUAAGCUAAUAGGCGCAAGGGCCUUCUUCAAAGGAUACGAGGCUAGCACCGGCAAAAUCAACGAGACACAGGAAUAUCGAUCCGCUCGGGAUUCAGAAGGGCACGGGACACAUACUGCAUCAACCGCAGGUGGUAAUGUGGUUGCAGGGGCAAGCAUGUUGGGCAUGGCCAAAGGCAAAGCAGGUGGUAUGAGAUACACUGCAAGAAUUGCUGCUUACAAGGUGUGUUGGACUAAAGGUUGUGCAAGCUCUGAUAUAUUAGCGGCCAUAGACACUGCUGUUGCUGAUGGUGUGGACGUGAUCUCUCUCUCCUUGGGUGCUGGCUCUCGUCCUUACCACAGUGACAACAUGGCUAUUGCAGCAUUCGGGGCUGUCCAGAAAGGUACCUUCGUCUCAUGCUCGGCUGGUAAUUCAGGCCCCUCCAAAUCAACAGUUUCUAACACUGCACCAUGGAUCAUGACGGUUGCUGCGAGUUACCUUGACAGAAGCUUUCCCACCAUUGUAAAGCUUGGAGAUGGACAAGUUUUCAAAGGCGCAUCGCUCUAUUCAGGCAAACCAACCAAACAAUUGCCGCUUGUUUAUGGGGACACUGCGGGAGGCCAAGGGGCUGACUACUGUAGUGAUGGCUCCCUCUCGCCUAAGUUGGUCAAAGGCAAAAUCGUCAUUUGCGAACGAGGGAUGAAUACCCGAGCAGAAAAAGGAGAGCAAGUGAAGAUGGCUGGAGGGGCUGGAAUGCUUCUGGUCAAUAAUGAAGAAGAUGGCGAAGAGCUAUUUGCGGAUCCACACAUCUUGCCAGCCACUUCUUUGGGAGCUACAGCAGCAAAAGCUAUCAAGAACUAUAUCACCUUGGCAAAGAAUCCCAUAGCUUCGAUCGUCUUCCAAGGGACUGUUUAUGGCUCCCCUGCACCGGUCAUGGCUGGGUUCUCCUCAAGAGGGCCAAGCUUGAUUGGGCCAGAUGUGAUCAAACCAGACGUCACUGCUCCAGGUGUGAAUAUAUUGGCUGCAUGGCCUCCUAUUGUGAGCCCCACCCGACUCAAGAGUGAUAAGAGAAGUGUCAACUUUAACAUAAUCUCUGGCACAUCCAUGUCUUGUCCUCACGUCAGUGGCCUUGCCGCACUCCUCAAGUCCGUCCACAAAGACUGGUCGCCAGCAGCAAUCAAGUCGGCCUUGAUGACAACUGCUCAUACUCUCAACAAUAAAGGGGCUCCGAUUGCCGAUGUUGGGUCCAACACCUUUGAAUCGGCAAAUCCAUUUUCAUAUGGGUCCGGACAUGUAGACCCGGAAAGAGCAUCCGAUCCAGAGCUAAUUUAUGAUAUUUCCACUGAGGACUACCUCAACUACCUUUGUAGCCUCAACUAUACAUCUUUUCAGAUGGCUCUGUUGUCUAAGGGAAAUUAUACGUGUCUUGACAAUGGAGCCACUCAGCCAGGUGACUUGAAUUACCCUUCUUUUGCUCUGCACUUUGAUGGAGGUGGUGCCCAGAACAGCUCAGUUACGUAUACACGAACAGUGACCAAUGUUGGGUUCUCAAGGUCUAGAUUUGUAGUGCAAGUGAGUGAACCAGAUGGAAUCUCAAUGAUGGUGCAGCCCAAGGUCUUAAGCUUCAAAAAUUCUGGGGAGAGGCUAAGUUAUAUGGUAACUUUCUUUCUUGUGGGACGAAAUACCACUUCCACCACCCCUUCCUUUGGAUCACUAAUUUGGGUUUCUGGGAAAUAUGCAGUUAGAAGUCCUAUUGCAGUAACCUGGGAGUAGUAGAAUAUUA